AUGGCCUUCUUCAAGAGUCUGCGAUCCAAGGCGAGGAAGUCGUCGACGUCUGAAGUUGAUGCCGCCCAGCCGACGAUGACGACGAGCGAAUUUGGCUCCAACGCACCGCCAACUGCCAAGCGACAGGCAUCGUCGUAUGCCAAUGACAAUGCAGCACUUCAACGUCCAGGCUCUCUCAAGGCUAGCAGAAGCAAGUUCUUCUCGUCUGGGAGCACCUCGAGAAGGAAGCAGUCGACAUCCGAGGGGCCUCGACCGCCAGUCCUCGAUGCACCCACCUCUCCUCCAGCUCUGCCCAGCAUGGCAGACGCAGCACCGCUAGCAAAGCAGACUUCGCCCUCUGCGCUCUCGACUGGCUCAGCAGGGCCGCCUUCCGGUGGUCGUCCAUCUGACCUCUUUGCAGGCAAAGGGUUGGCGUGGGGAGAGCUGGACUUGACAUCGGGAGGAUCGAUCAGCAAGCCCCCGCAGACGGGGGACGACUUGCAGAACUUCCUCAAGGCCCGCCGGCAAUGGGUCCCCACUUUUGUCACAGAUCCCAAGGAGGACGUCGAGGUAAAGCAAGUCUCCAAGCCAGACGACAUUCAAUUCUCCUCCAACCUGCCCGAAGCUGGUACGCUGCACAGCAUCAAGGACCUCGACGAGUCGCACAAACGCAAGGAGAAGCUGCUCGGCGGCUUCGAGGCAUCUGAGGGGGAUCGCUGGGCUGAUCAAGCGACUGCAGCCGCCACUUCAUCUUCUACCACGGCUGCCACGAGCAGGUCAGCUUCUACUGCUCCGACCGCAAGCGCAAAGGCCGUGCAAGCUACAGAGAAUCAAGCGCACGCCACCGUGACCAAGAGCAACAGCCAAUCCCGCAAGCCAGCACCACCGAGGUCGUCGAUGAGCAACGGGCGCAAUGGCGUUGCGGCUGUGCUCCCUUCAGCGACCAAGACGGAGGAUGCGACCCCAGCGCAGGCCGCAGCGCCUAUCGCAGCGCCUCCAGUCGCAGCUGUCCUUCCUGCUCAAAUGAACAACGUUGAUCCACCUGAGCCCACAGCGCCAGCAGCAGCGCAGCCAGCUCCUUCGGCCGCCGUGCGAGAGUCGAGCGACACGGCUGGAGCCUUCGCUACGCCACAGGAGUCGAGACAGCAGUCAGAAUUGGGGCACGGCACGGCAGCAACUCCCUCGACUCAGCAACAGGCAGAGGCGCAAGCGACGGCAGCCACGACCCCUGCAACAGCCUCCGCAAUGGACGGUGCAGAGUCAAAGGAGGCCUUGAACUCAAAUGAGACAGCGCCAAAGGUGUUGACACCGUCGGCGGAGAAGGAAAUUGCCGCUGUGCCAGGCGGGCUUGCGGCAUGA